CAGGCAGGCAGAGAGAGAGAGAGAGAGGAGGGCAGAAGGGUCUGUCAGUGGCUCCUGGGGGCACGCGACCCUCUUUAAGAGCUGAGGCGCGCCCGAGAAGCACCUCCUUGGGCAUGGGGCAGCCUUGGCACAGGCAGCGAGAGCAUAGUGUUGGGUGAGGGGCUGCUGGCUCCCCCCUUUUCCCCCUCCCGCUGAAAGGAGAGGAGGGGGGGUCUGCUUUAGCCACAGGCUCCACCCUCUCCCCCGAAGGGGUCAGGGAUAUAAGUCUGAGGCAGCUGCUUCACCCCUCGGUGCCUCGUGGAGCCGGACGGGGGGUGGGUGGGUCGGUGGGCGCGUUGAGGCUUGGACCGCAGCCACCUCAACAUGUUGCUGACCAGGUCAUAGGCCAAAGCCGCACUUCUCUGCGGCUUCGGGGGAGGAGGGUGUCUUUCCCUUACACAUCUUUCUCUCUCCCCAAGUUGCAGCAGCAACAUCUUCUACUGACCUGAACAAAAAUGACGGUCAAGGCAACAAGAAUGUCAUGCAUCACUCCAAAUGUUUAUACUAAAGUGCCUGAUGGAGGAUGGGGCUGGAUUGUGGCUUUCGCCUUCUUCUUCAUUGAGGCCCUGACAUAUGGAAUUAUCAAGUCUUUCGGAGUCUUCUUUACAGAUUUAGUGGAAAGUUUUGAGGAAACCAACAGCAGGAUAUCUUGGAUAAUCUCAAUAUGUGUUUUUGUACUAACAUUUACAGCUCCUCUCGCUACAGUACUUUCUAAUCGUUUUGGUCACCGUUUGAUAGUGAUGAUCGGAGGGUUACUGAUCAGUAGUGGAAUGGUAACUGGCUCCUUUGCACGCAGUGUUGUUGAAAUGUACAUCUCGAUUGGCAUAGUGUCAGGCUUAGGAUACUGCCUUACAUUUCUCCCUACUGUUACCAUUCUGUCUCAGUACUUUGACAAAAAACGUUCCUUAGUCACAGCAGUGGCUUCUACAGGAGAAUGCUUUGCCGUCUUCUGUUUCGCACCAGCUAUCACUGCUAUGAAGGAACACAUCGGCUGGAGAUACAGCCUCUUGUUUGUUGGGCUGCUGCAGCUGGGAAUUGUCAUCUGUGGAUCGGUGCUGCGACCCAUCAUCAUCAAACCACAGGAAAUAGUGAAAAUAUCACCAGUGGAGGAGCAGAAAGAAACAAAGUACAUGCUUGAAAAUGAGCAGACCCGCACCUCAAUAGAUUCAUUUGACUCAGGAGUAGAAUUAACUACCUCACCCCACAACACAUCUGGAGAUGCCAAAUCAGAACUGAAAAGUGCAGAAGAACCAAAGGAAAACACAGAAAUGCUCAUAGAAGCAAGCAGCAUUCCACACAAGGAACCAAAAAUCCAACUCAUAGACUUUUCUGUAAUGAAAGAUUAUAGCUUUAUUUGCUAUGCACUUUUUGGUUUAUUUGCCACUCUGGGAUUUUUUGCUCCUUCACUCUAUAUAAUUCCUCUCAGCAUGAGCCUAGGCAUUGACAAGGAUCGCUCCGCCUACAUCUUGUCGGCAAUGGCAAUCGCUGAGGUCUUUGGCAGAAUCAGUGCGGGCUGGGCCCUCAACAAAAAACCUAUCCGAAAAAUUUACAUUGAACUAAUCUGUGUCAUUCUGCUAGACAUCGCCCUCUUUGCCUUCCCUUUUGCUUAUGAAUUUUGGGGACUAAUGAUGUGCAGCAUUUUCUUCGGGUUCAUGCUCGGGACUGUAGCUGGUACACACAUUCCUAUGUUGGCCGAAGAAGAUGUGGUUGGCAUUGAGAAGAUGUCGUCUGCGGCAGGGGGCUAUAUAUUUAUUCAAAGUUUAUCAGGGUUGGCUGGACCACCCCUUGCAGGUGUGCUAGUGGAUACUACCAAGAACUAUAGUUCUGCAUUCUACUCCUGUGCUGCUGGCAUGCUCUUGGCUGCUGUGUUCCUUUCGUUGGUGAGGCCUUGCAAGAAGCUACAAUAUAAAAAGAGGGAGCCAGCAGUGCAAGAGAAAGUGUUGACACCUUUGCCAGAUGUACCAGAUGACUUUAUAGAGCCUGAUCUUGGAAAGCCUGAGGAUUCUGUAAAAGGUUGUGACAGCAUGGCUUGAAUGUUAAAAUGUACAUCAUGUUUAAAGACCGGGGCAGAGAAAGCAAGUCGGCUCUGAUCCACCUUCUGAAAAAACGGUUUAAAGGGAAUGCAAAAUCACAAAUGUGAACAGAUGUUACCAGUUUUUUUAGAAAUACUGAUUGAUGUAUCACUUUGUAAACAUCUGGAAUGCUAAGUUCCAUUGCACACUCCUGUCCAGCAUGAAGUGAUUCACAUUCUUGUAUUCCUAAGGAGACAUAAGCAAGACCCAAAUAUUCCUAUCAAUUCCAAAUUAUGGGACAAAAACAAUUAUGUAGCUAGAGCUAUCAAAUGUGCAAACUUACUGCCUGCAAAGUUCUUGUAGAAUUUUGUUCUAUCAUUCAGCAACAGAAUGUUGAUUUGAUUUAAAAAAUCAUUCUGAACUUUAAAAAAAAUCCAUUUCAGAUGGAAAUAAUUUUUUUUAGAUAUUUUCAGGGAAGGAAGUGUGGUUAACUUUAAUAGUAUAUUUAGAGAAAGUGAAGAACUUUUGGCUCUAGUGAUGUUAGACUUGAAUUUCCAUCAGUCCCAUCCAGUGUAACCAACAGACAGGGAGGAUGAGUGUUGAAAUCAAACAACAUUUAGACGGCCAUAAGUUCCCAUCCUGACCUACAGGGAAUUAAUAGAGGUCUUUUUAAAAAAAAAAAUAAUAAUAAUAGUAAAUUGCUUGAACUUCUUAAAUGCUGGAAAGUUGCAGGCUACCAGUA